GAACGAAUAUAAGGAACAGUUAGAGGUUUCAUCUAUUUGCUUUCUCCGUAAAAGUUAGUGUGUAAAAGAGUGAACUUAACUGUUGAUAACAGACAUAAAAUCUUGAGACACUUGUAGCAGUUUAACUGUUUGCACUUUGGACUCCUGUUUUCUCCCUGCUCAGCAAAAACGGUUUUUGUGUUUAAAACAGUUAGCUGCUAAAUACAGUUCUUUGGCAAUUCUUGUACAUUGAAAUCAAACUGGACUUUUUUUAGGGAACAGGGAGUUACUGAGAGGUGUGAUCCUUCUCUGUAUGAAAAAGCAAAAUGGCAUGUGCUGUUGUACAAGUGAUUUAGGAGCACCAUUGCUUCUCUAAAGGCUGGGGGCAGAGGUGAUGCCCAUUUCCUAUCCAACUUUCAUUUCGUUUAUACCUGUAAUUCUGGUGUCACGCAGAUAACAGUUUUUCCCCUGGAAGCCAUAAUAGGAGCAGGGCUGCAUGCUUGUCUGCUCCCUGCAGUAACAGAGUUGUGUGGAAAGCCAAGGUUUAAUGCAGCACUGUACUGAGGAGGAGUCAAUAGAUGGAGACAUCCAUGUGAAAUUUCAUCUUGAGCCAUGAAAAGAAAACUGAAGAUACCUUAGGUAUAAGUUUAUCUAUUCAUGGGGCUGAAAAGCGUGUGCAAAUCUGUCAGAGGAGAACUGCAGCAAGCUACCCAGUGUUACAGCAUCCGCCUGUGGUUGGGCAACCUUCACUCCCACAAGUCAGAAGGUCAAUAAAGAUGGAAGCAUCGUCUGCUGGAUCUAGUAUUUCAGCAGUCACUGGUGGAAAAGCAAAACCCCAUCAGCCAGUAGCUAAGGAUGUCAACAUUUUUUUUGAUGAGUUAGAAGGUGUGAACAGCCCUUCCAAAGAUGAUGACUCCCUGCUUCACCAUGGUAACUUGACCAGUACUUCUGAUGAUGCCAGCAGGUUGGAAGUAGUGGGAGAGGAAGUACCUGACAAAAACAAAGCCAAUGGACUAUAUUUUAGAGAUGGGAAAUGUCGGAUUGACUACAUCCUGGUAUAUCGAAAAUCCAAUCCACAGACAGAAAAGAGGGAAGUAUUUGAGAGAAAUAUCAGGGCAGAAGGACUUCAGAUGGAAAAAGAGUCAUCUCUAACAAACAGUGACAUCAUCUUUGUGAAGCUGCAUGCCCCUUGGGAGGUCCUAGGCAAAUACGCUGAACUGAUGAAUGUAAGAAUGCCUUUCAGGCCCUUUAACCCCUUCACUGCUGGAGCCCCGUGCAUACUUGUGCGCUGCUGUUUUUUAAAUGGACAUUUCAUUGAAAUCAAUGGGAGGUCAAGAAGAUCCAGGAGAAAAAUCUAUUACCUGCACCGCCGAUACAAGUUCAUGAAUAGGAUCGAGAAACAAAUAAGCAGGUUUCGAGGAUGGUUACCUAGAAAGCCAAUGAAACUGGAUAAGGAGACACUGCCGGAUCUGGAGGAGAAUGACUGCUAUACUGCACCAUUCAGCCAACAAAGGAUCCAUCACUUCAUCAUACACAACAAAGACACUUUCUUCAAUAAUGCUACCAGAAGUAGAAUUGUACACCAUAUCUUACAAAGAGUGAAAUAUGAAGAAGGGAAAAACAAAAUUGGUCUGAAUCGAUUGCUCAGUAAUGGCACCUAUGAAGCUGCAUUUCCUCUUCAUGAGGGAAGUUACAGAAGCAAGAAUUCAAUAAAAACCCAUGGGGCAGAAAACCACAGACACCUGCUCUAUGAGUGCUGGGCUUCCUGGGGAGUCUGGUAUAAAUACCAGCCAUUGGAUCUUGUGAGACGAUACUUUGGUGAGAAAAUUGGGCUGUACUUUGCCUGGUUAGGCUGGUACACAGGGAUGCUCUUCCCAGCUGCCUUCAUUGGAUUGUUUGUGUUUUUGUACGGAGUCACCACUUUGAACCACUGCCAAGUCAGUAAAGAAGUCUGUCAAGCUACAGAUAUCAUAAUGUGUCCUAUAUGUGAUAAAUACUGUCCCUUCAUGAGGUUGUCAGACAGCUGUGUUUAUGCCAAGGUAACACACCUUUUUGACAAUGGAGCUACUGUCUUUUUUGCUGUUUUCAUGGCAGUGUGGGCUACUGUUUUUCUGGAGUUUUGGAAAAGAAGGCGAGCAGUAAUUGCUUAUGACUGGGACUUGAUAGACUGGGAAGAAGAAGAGGAGGAAAUACGCCCGCAGUUUGAAGCCAAGUACUCCAAGAAAGAACGAAUGAACCCCAUAUCCGGAAAGCCAGAGCCUUAUCAAGCAUUUGCAGAUAAAUGCAGCAGACUCAUUGUUUCUGCAUCUGGAAUAUUUUUUAUGAUAUGUGUGGUGAUUGCUGCUGUUUUUGGCAUUGUUAUUUACCGUGUUGUGACUGUCAGCACUUUUGCUGCCUUUAAGUGGGCUUUAAUCAGGAAUAACUCUCAGGUUGCAACUACAGGGACUGCAGUGUGCAUCAACUUUUGCAUUAUCAUGCUACUGAAUGUGCUGUAUGAAAAGGUAGCUCUUUUCCUGACAAAUUUAGAACAGCCUCGUACCGAAUCUGAGUGGGAGAACAGUUUCACUCUGAAAAUGUUUCUUUUUCAGUUUGUCAACCUGAACAGCUCUACCUUUUAUAUAGCGUUCUUCCUUGGAAGAUUUACAGGACACCCUGGUGCCUACCUAAGGCUGAUAAACCGGUGGAGACUGGAAGAGUGUCACCCUAGUGGAUGCCUUAUUGAUCUCUGUAUGCAAAUGGGUAUUAUAAUGGUGCUAAAGCAGACAUGGAAUAAUUUCAUGGAACUGGGCUACCCGCUAAUUCAAAACUGGUGGACCAGGAGAAAACUACGGCAAGAGUAUGGCACACAAAGAAAAACAAGCUUCCCACAGUGGGAAAAGGACUACAACCUGCAGCCUAUGAAUGCUUAUGGACUCUUUGAUGAAUACCUAGAAAUGAUUCUUCAAUUUGGAUUCACAACCAUUUUUGUGGCAGCUUUUCCACUGGCACCACUUCUGGCCUUACUUAACAAUAUUAUUGAAAUUCGGCUUGAUGCAUACAAAUUUGUCACCCAGUGGAGAAGACCUUUAGCUUCAAGAGCCAAAGAUAUAGGAAUCUGGUAUGGGAUUCUGGAAGGCAUUGGAAUUCUUUCUGUUAUCACAAAUGCAUUCGUUAUAGCUGUGACUUCAGAUUUCAUCCCUCGACUUGUUUAUGCUUACAAAUAUGGACCUUGUGCGGGCCAAGGAGAAGCUGGACAAAAGUGUAUGGUUGGCUAUGUUAAUGCCAGUUUAUCAGUAUUUCUGGUGUCUGACUUUGAAAACCGCUCAGAACCUACAUCAAAUGGAAGUGAAUUCUCUGGUUCACCAUUAAAAUAUUGUAGGUACAGAGACUACCGAGACCCUCCUCACUCCCCAGUGCCCUAUGGCUACACGCUGCAGUUCUGGCAUGUGCUAGCAGCACGGUUGGCUUUCAUUAUUGUAUUUGAGCACCUUGUCUUUUGCAUAAAGCACCUGAUUUCCUACUUAAUCCCAGAUCUCCCAAAAGACCUGAGGGAUCGGAUGAGGAGAGAAAAAUACCUGAUUCAGGAAAUGAUGUACGAAGCAGAAUUAGAACGUCUACAGAAAGAACGAAAGGAAAGAAAGAAGAACGGAAAAUCUUAUCACAAUGAGUGGCCAUGA